AUGAGUUAUCGUAGGGUCCCGAAUAAAGAUUUAAUUCCUAGCAUUUCUGCUCCUCCAUUUGACCCUAAUGACCUAAAAAAAAGCUCCGUCGACACUAUUCCGCGUGUGCCAGUGGACGACUUGAAACUGCCAGACCCAAUUGAAUGGUCAACUAUAAACGAUUUGAAAAAGCCUUACCAAGAAUGGAAGUCAAAAAAAGAAAAGGAGCAAUCGGAAACACUCCAUCGUGUAGCUCCAGGGUACUCGUCUUCAGCACCCUUGCUGUCAACUCAGACCGAAUUAUCAACGAAGGAAUUUAAAACUUCUUGA